AUGGCGUCCUUUCUACCUUAUCUGUUGCUCUUUCCCGCGCUGUCACUCGCAAGAAUAGAUGUCAAAAUAUUUGGCCUAUACGACGGAAUCGAGAAAACUGUUGUAAUCGAUUUCAAUGGAUCCGAUAUAGACGUAAUAUCAGAUAUUGAAGAAAAAACAUUUCAUUUAGACGAAGAUACAUUAAAAAUGAGUGCACAAAAAUUAUUCGGAAACACACCAAACGAUGUCUUCUUACGUAGUCCGACGCCAUUCGGCGAUUUAUACAAAACGUACAAUUGGGAAGAAGUUAAACGAACAAUGAAACCUAAAAACGGUAGAAUUUUGAACAUAACAAACGAAAUGAAAACUAUAAUAAGUAAAAACUUCGUUAACACAGAAACAAAACCGACUACAUUUAAUAUCGGAUUGAAGAAACAUCUAGAAAAUACUGUUUCAUCCUUUUGGACAAAAGAUGGCGACCUAACAAUCAACAAGGGGAUAAACUACGCGAUAUAUUUAGGUAACGAAACCAUAACUUACACUUCUUUAUGGGGCUUGAAUACAGAGAAAUCCGUUACCACUGUUUUUGGUUCUGAUAAUAUGCAAUUAACAUUACUUCCCGGACAAUCUGUGACAACUGAAUUACGAGCUAUGGAGCUUAAUUUGGCUAUUGAAAUGGAGUACACGACCAGUUUAACGGGAUCCGUUGCCACGAAUUAUAUGGACGGUUACAAAGACCAUCAUUACUGGGCAUUGGAUGUUGACGAAUUAAUGUCGACCAAUAAUCUUUCGAACGAGGUUAUGUCAACUGAAACUAUAGAAAUGACUAUUUAUACAAACCCUCAAUUUUUAGUUUUUGAUACGAAAACAGGUGAAAAAAUGACUGAUUUAAUUCUAUAA